GAAGAGCAGAAGAAGAGAGAAAUGCAGCAGAAAGAGGAACAGAAAUUGCGAGAACAGAAAGAGCGAGAGGAACAAGAGCGAGAAAAGGAACUGAAGGAGAAGCAAGAGCAGAAGCAGGAAGCCGAAGCAGAGAAGCCCAAGAGAGAACACCACAGGAAGGACGACCAACCCCACCACGCCAGACAGCAGCAACCGCCACCACCGCAACAACGACACCACCACCAGCGUCUGCGGCACAAGGAGCGCCACGCGCCGCACGCGCAGCACGGGAGGGAGAAGCAUGUGCCGCAGGAGACAGAGCCGCAUGUGCAGCAGAAGGAACAGCCGGCGCAGCAGGGUAAGGAUCAGCAGGUGCAGCAGGCGAAGGAGAAGGAGAAGGAGAAGCAGGCGCCGCAGGGGAAGGAGCAUCCGCCGCGACCCAAGGAGCACCCGCAGGCGAAGGAGCGACAGGCUCGGGUCAAGGAGGAGGACCGAGGGGGAGGCACGGAGUCUCCUCCUCCUACUCCCCCUCCUCAGGGGAAGGAGGCGAGGAGGAAGGAGGAGACGCCACCGAAGCAGCAGCCGUCUGAGCCCCCGCCGCAAGCACAGCAGGUGGCGCAGGCCGAGCCCCAGCAGGAAGGGAGGAAGCAGGCGGUUCCCCAGCAUGCGAGGAGGCACUUGCACCGCCACGCGAGCGAGGACGCCCACCAGGACGUCGUGGUCGUGAAGAGGGCGACGCACGUGCACAUCCGGAAGGCGCCGUCGCAGCUGGAGAUCCGCGAGCAGCUCCAGCGCAUGGACGGGAGGCUCCACAAGCAGAUCAAAGAGCAGACGCCCCACGUGGUCAUCGAGAGGCUCCCGCGGCCCAAGGAGGAGCAGCUCCUGCAGAGGACCAAGCAACACCAGCUGCAAAAAGGCCCGGGGCACGGGGGGGGGGGGAGAAAGAACAGCGGGGCAAAAGGAGAACAGCAGGCUGCAGCGAAGGCUCAGUCAGAAGACUCCCACGACAAGAAAGAACCACAGCCGUUGCCACCGAAGGAACAGGAGAGAGACCCGCCGCUUCAGGAGAAGAAGCAGUUUUCUCAAGCAGAAGGAGAGCAGCAGUCUGCGCAGUCGAAGAGAGAACAGAAGAAAGAGCAGCAGCAGGAGGAGGCGGAAGAACAGCAGCAGCAAACAGCCGCCACGAAGCAGCCGCUGGAGUCCCCGAAGGACGAAGGCGAGGCGCCGCAGUGGAAGGAGGAGACUCCGCCCAAGAAGGAGUCCCAGCAGGGGAAGGACGAAUCCCUCCAGCAGGAGAACCAGUCGCCGCUGGAGCAGGAGGCGCACCGGAACCU